CCCACUUUCUAACAGUGCCUUCCUCUGCCCUAUUCCAGGGUGACAUGACCUCGGGGUGUAGCCCAGAACCCAGAACGGAGACUUCAGGAUGACAGAGCCUGAAAACCUGGCUCUGCUGGAGGUGAAGGGGCAUGAGGUUCUUGAGAAGGGACCACCCCAAGUCUUGGUCCCAAAUGGCCAGCACCCAGAAAGGGACGGUGUCAAAGAGUCCUCUAAUGGAACUGAGUCCCCAGGAGUGGGGUCUUCAACAGAAUCCCCCACGGCUGGCACAGGGGCUGAGGACGGACUGGACAGCACAGUAAGUGAAGCUGCCUACCUUCCCUGGGGCACUGUCCCCCAGCCCACCGCCCCCUUUCCAGACCCCCCUGGCUGGCGGGACAUCGAGCCUGAGCCCCUGGGGUUGGAGUCGUUCACCAAGCUGGAGGAAUCCCCCGAAGAUGAUGCCAGCCUACUGCCGGAAAAGGAGGCCCGAGCCUUUGUGCCCAUCGAUUUGCGCUGCAUCGAGCGACGGCCCCCGGAGGAGGUGGUCAGCACAAGGGGCGAGAUGGGCACCAGCGAGCGUCGCCGGAACCUCCUGCCACCCCGGGUCCCCCACCCAGAGCCCACUGAGCGCAAGUGGGUCGAGGCAGCGGUGAGGCCUUCAGGCCGCACCUGUGGGGCCUGCGGGCUAUGUGGUAGCCAAGAAGCCAUCCGGGCAGUGGCCUCCAUGGGCGCAGCAUUGGUGGUCUUUCCCUGCCUGCUGUAUGGGGCCUACGCCUUCCUGCCAUUCGAUGCCCCCCGACUGCCCACCAUGAGCUCCCGACUCAUCUACACACUGCGUUGUGGGGUCUUCGCCACCUUCCCCAUCGUACUGGGGAUCCUGGUCUAUGGGCUGAGCCUGCUAUGCUUUUCUGCUCUCCGGCCCUUUGGGGAGCCGCGGCGGGAGGUGGAGAUCCACCGGAGGUAUGUGGCACAGUCAGUCCAGCUCUUCAUCCUCUACUUCUUCAACCUGGCUGUGCUUUCCACGUACCUACCCCAGGAUGCCCUCAAAUUGCUGCCUCUGCUCACUGGUCUCUUUGCCGUCUCCAGGCUGAUUUACUGGCUAACCUUUGCCGUGGGCCGCUCCUUCCGAGGCUUUGGCUUUGGCCUCACAUUCCUGCCCCUGCUGUCCAUGCUCCUGUGGAAUCUUUACUACAUGUUUGUGGUGGAGCCUGAACGCAUACUCACAGCUGAGAGCCGCCUGGACUACCCAGACCAUGCCCGUGACUAUAGGGCCCGUCCUUGGGGCUAAGCCACCCUGCCUUGUGCCCCAGCCCAGAGAAUCUGGCCUAGCCCAGGGGCAAAUCCUGCU